AUGAGCAACUCUGGCAUGAACAUGAGGGGAAAGAUCGUCUUCUAUGAGGAGAAGAACUUCCAGGGUCGUUCCUAUGAGUGCAUGAGCGAUUGCUCCGAUAUGACCUCUAACCUGAGCAGGUGCCACUCCUGCAAAGUGGAGAGCGGCUGCUUCAUGGUGUACGACCGCUCCAACUACAUGGGCAACCAGUCCUUCAUGAGGAGGGGAGAGUACUCCGACUACCAGAGCAUGAUGGGCAUGAGGGACUGCAUCAAGUCCUGCCGCAUGAUCCCCAUGCACCGUGGUCAGUACAGAAUGAAGAUCUACGAGAGGGAGAACUACGGAGGCCAGAGCUACGAGCUGAUGGACGACUGUGAUAACAUCAUGGAGCGUUACAGGAUGAACGACUGCAUGUCCUGCCAGGUGAUGGACGGACACUGGCUGAUGUACGAGCAGCCCAGCUUCAGAGGUCAGAUGAUGUACGUCAGGCCUGGAGAGUAUCGCAGCUUCAAGGACAUGGGCAUGAGCGGACAGAAGUUCAUGAGCAUGAAGCGCAUCGUGGACUCCUGCUAACUAACUCAAUGUA